CCGCAUUCUCUUCUUCCUCCUCUCCUCUCGACCCCCACUACCUCAGACCAAUCAUCCCCUCCCAUCCAGAGCUCGUGUCCUUCCAGUAGCUUCCACAACAGGGGCCGUGCGAUCCAGAAGAUGGCAGCACCUAACACAUGAAACACCCGUUGGUUGAUGUUCAUGGCGUCCUGCUGACCCAAAACGUGUCGCGGUUUCAAGAGGCUAGCUGCUCCAGGCACAGAGGAAGAGACCACUUGCCCUUGAUCCACAGCACAGGCCACCAGUGCAGAGCCCUUGCUGCCACAAUGCAGAUCAAUGCUAGUACUAGUAAUCUGAUGGCGACAAGCACACCCUACUAUCCAAAAGAUGCUUUCAGCAUCAACUCGGGAGCUUCUCAUCAUCUGACCGGGAACGUGCAGCUCUUUGACCAAGGAAGCCUCGUCAAUUUCAACGACACCCUCAAGGUGGGCAACGCUUAUGAUAUGAAUAUAGUGGCACGUGGAUCCAUAAGCCACCGCCGCAAUCUCACUCUCCCAGACGUCCGGUAUGUGCCCGGUCUCGGUGUGAACGUCGUGUCUGUUGCACUGCUUGAUGCCAUGGAUUACGACGUCCUGUUUUCCAUGCACGGGUGCUUGGUGAAGGAGAGGCUCGGUGGCGAGGUGGUCGGCAAAGCCACUCUUUUGGAUGGAUUGUACAUGGUGGACUACCUGCGGAUUCCUCUUGACCGCAGCUGCUUACCCGACUACGAAACAGUUGAGGCAGCACUCAGGUUGUGGUAGCAUGCUUGCCCUGCUACCCCUGAGCUCUUCACCGCGACAACAACACGGGUUAGUAUGAGCAAUAUAACCCAUAUACCUUGCAAUGCAGGCGCAACAAUGAGUAUGUUGCAGCAGAGAAACUUUUUUACCUUAAUAUACUACGCAUUUGUGGGCCUUUUUGGAAGAGGGAGAUCUAUAUCGCCUUGAAAUUGCCAUGUUUUGGUUCCAGUUUGUAUUAAAUACUCUUGGGGAUUUGCAAAUUAAUGCCUCUUUUCCAACUAGGCCCUUGCUUCAAUUGGUCUAGUAGUUUAUGUAUGGUAUACUUGUACGAAAGGGCUGAAAACAUGGACCCUUUAUAUAUCAAUAAUAAUGCCAGUUUAUUG